AUGCCAUGGUUUGAAACACCAGAAUCUAGAGGUGCAUGGGGUUAUCACUGGAAAAUGAAUACAAUGAAUCCAGAUAUUGUGCAAAAUGGAAAACGUCAGAUCGCUGCUCAUUAUUAUCCACUUACAGGUCCUUAUGCAUCCGCUGAUAAAGAUAUCCUUGAAUAUCAAUUGUUAUUAAUGAAAUAUGCCGGUGCUGACGGUGUGUUCAUUGAUUGGCCAGGAACAAGACAACGAUAUGAUUAUCCAGAUAAUUUAGCUAAUUCAAAUGCUUUAAUAGCAAAAAUAGAUUCAGUUGGUUUAAAAUUUGCUAUUGUUCAUGAAGAUCGAAAUUGGGAUGUUGGUAUGGAAUUAGAUGCUCGAAAUGAUUUUAUUUACAUGCAAAACAACUAUUUUAAUAAACAAACGUAUUUGAAUGUCAACGGUGGUCCACUGGUAUUGAAUUUUGGUCCAAUUACAUUUCAUCAACCAGCACAGUGGGAUAAAAUCUUAAAUGGCUUAAAUCCAAAACCGAAAUUUCUACCACUCUAUGGUAAUACACAAGAAAUUGGUGCAAAUCAUGUCAGUGGUGAAUAUCCUUGGAUUUAUCAAGAUCAUCCAAAUGUUGUUAACCGAUAUUAUACAGAAACAAACAAAUUUCAGAUUCCACUUGGUGUUGUUUAUCCAGGUUUUCAUCCAUUCUAUGCCCAAGGAAGUGCUGAUGGGCCAACAUGGAUAAUACCAUUAAAUGGAAAACAAACGUUUGACUACAUGUUAAAACAAGCCCUACAAUCUAAUGUAAAUAUGAUACAAAUCGCAACAUGGAAUGAUUAUGGUGAAGGUACAAUGAUUGAACCCACACAAGAAUUGCAAUAUUCUCUACUAACAACCAUGCAAGAACAAUUAGGUGUCUCAUAUGGUGAACGUGAAUUAAAACUUAUUUUUCAGCUCUAUCAACUUCGUAAACAACAUAAGGGCAAUAGUGGUACACAGCAAAAAUUGGACCAAGCAUUCAAUCAUUUGACAUCAUUGAAUGUCAACGAUGCUGAAACAAUCUUAAAUUCACUUGGGCCUAUUGAUACCGGCAACAAUAACAAUACCAAUGUUGAUGUCAAAUAUACAAUUAAGAAUCGUUUCUUAAAUACCUAUUUGUAUGAUGAUAAUGGUCAGGUUAAAUAUGGACCACUAGUCACUGAUGAUCGAUUUCGUUGGGAACUGGAAACCGUGAAUGGUCAACAUACAAGAAUAAAAAAUGUUCAAACAAAAAAAUAUAUGAACGUUGAACGAGGUCUAAAUUAUGUAGAAUCAUCCACAUUGCCCGAUACAUUUUGGAGUGCAUAUUGGUCGAUUCUAUCGAUAUAUGGUAAUGAUGGUGUAGAAUAUAAACGAAUCCAAAAUAAAUUUAAACAUACCUAUCUCAAUUUGGAAAAACAUCUUGGUUAUGCCGAAUGUACAGAUAUUCAAGAAAAUGCUGUUAGUGGUCACUGGUCAUUAAUAAAAGUAUAA